AAAUCCAUUGUCUUCACAACGAAGGGGUCACGUGAUAUGCGCAGCGUGGGCGGACAUUUUGUGCACCAAGCAGACGAUAUCUGGCUUUUGGCAGAUACAUGAAAGAGUGUUACAAAAUAAAUUAAUUUAUGAAGCAGUAAAUGAGUGGCCGUGCCGUAUUUGCCGUAUUAAUAUUCGAAAAUAUUAAUUAUGAAGUGACCUGAGUUAAAAUCGAGCGAUUGACGCUGUUACGAUGCUUGUGUGAACUACAGGCAAACAUUAUCAGCAUAGAUGGAAACGGAGUUAAUUUUGUGAACUAUCAUCUGUGAUUUUAUAUCCUUCAUUGAGGAUCUCAAGUAUGGGUAACAUGAAAAGCACCGAGUUACAGUCAAAGGCUCGUUAUGAAGUGGUCCUUCCUACCUGGAAGCAUUCCUGGGAAGUGCUGUUUGCAGGUGACAUUGAAACAUGGGAUACAGUUGCAGCAAAUUAUGGCAUGGACAAAUAUGCUUAUACCUGCAAGGAGGCAAACUGUGAGCGUGAACCUGUGUGCAUUCGCUAUUUUCGAGCUACAUACAAAGCAAGCCUAGGCUAUUUCAUUAAUGUUGAAAGGUACAAGCGCCCCCCUUACAGCAUGCUCAAUGCAGGGUUCACACUCAGCGAAGUGGCGAUAGCUCAAAGAGGAAGGUUACUUCUUCUGGUCUUAAACAAACUGGAAGAGUUCACCACCAGAGUGGCCUUUGCAUUGGUGUCUCUAAAAGAUGAAGAUGAAGAAGACAACAACGAUGGCAGAGACCAGUCAAAGUUCUGGUUAUUGAGGAGAAGCAGCAGCAGAAAAGAGAGAGAAAAUGGAAAAUUGUCCAGAGAUGGCGUUCUUGGGCCUGCACUACAAAAUGGCGAAGACAGUGGUGUGGUGUUUGGAAAUGUAACAAAAUGCCUGGGUGUGCUAGAAUCCCCUCACAAAGACAUGACAGUGAUCAGUUGCCAGAUUUCUCCUGACCUCACACAAACAGCAGUCCUCUACUACUCGAUGUCCAGCAGGCUGAAUUGCUUUUGCUAUGAUCUUCAUAUCUACUCCAAUGAGAGCUUGCAGAAUUCACAAGAGAUGCCAAAAGCAGGUAAGAGCAGAGACCUGGAAUGCAAUGGUUCAGAUGCAAACAACUGGCAUUCUUCACUACACCUGAAACGUGUUGUUACCUUGAAUAGGGAAGUGCAGCCAUACUUUGUCUAUGACCCCCGCUAUCGCUGCUCUCGCAUUGCAGUGGCAAACUAUGAGGCUAAAGACAAAGGCAUUGCUCAUGAACUGGUUGUGCUCAGUUUAGAAGACAACCUGGCAGAGACAGUGGUUCAUCGUGGGAAACGAAAGCUACCCAAUCUCUUUGGGACCAGUCGCUUCAAUCUGCUGUACAGCAAGAAUGGGCAGCUCAUCAUAAUGCAGAAGCUAACUGAUGACAGGUUUGGUGUAACUUCCUUCUGUGACAUAUACAUUUUUAGUUCUGAUUGUCUGCAGCUGAUGAAGUACCUCACAGCUUCUCUUCCUGGCCUCUUCCACAUCUGUAAGGUCAACUAUGAGCCAGUGUUUUCACGUUGUGGUAGCUUCAUGCGGGUGCUGGAUCACCGAGUGCGGGACACUCGUAGGGAUGAAGGUGAAGAGUGCACAGUUGUGCAGAUCUACCAGUUGCCACGUUUGCUGUGUCUAAUGAGCCAGUGUCGGGUUGUUAUAUUGCAGCGGCUGUCAACGUGUCGACACAUUGCUGCUUUACCCAUUCCAUCAAAACUGAAAGAUUACUUACAGUUCAAACCCAUUUACUGAGAGCAUUUUUAAAACAAUAAAUGUUUUAUUGCCCAUAUCAGAGAUAAAUUAGGUACAAUGUAGAAAAAGUUAAAUUAGGAGUUUCUGUGAAGAUUGUGGCAGUCGAAAACUUUUUUGUUUACUGUAAGAUUAAGGAAAGUUGACACCAUUAAAUGCUGAAAACUAAUCUAUUUAUACAGAAUGUUGUGAUUUGUGUUUCAUGAGCAUUUCCUGCUCAUUUUGACAAGACUUUGAAGGUAGUGGUGGGAGGUACCUGGAAGACAAAAGGUCAACAGUUACGCAUGGCUUUCUCAUCCUCCAAAAUGUGGUUGGAGGGUGGGUGGGUUUUAAGUAGUCAUUAGGUUCAAUAGUUAAUGUGUUCAGCAGCAGUAGCAGUAACAAGAAACAAAAUGUUUUGACUAGCCUGGUCUUCUAGUGAGUGUGAAGAUGUCAGGAAAAGAAAGGCAACUGUGAUAUGCCUGCCUUUUCUGAAAUUUUGUUUGCAUUAUAAUUCUGGAAUAGAUUUGUCCAUUACAUUGCAUUUGGUAUUUUCUGUCCUAUGGUGCUUUAUUAUUUUUUUUUUUUUUCAAAAGUCCAUCAGUUUUCUGGCUUCUGCAUGGACUAGCUCAUUGCAUGUCACAAAUUCACUUUCGCACUGUAAUAUAGUGUAGCAUUUACAGAAAUAAGUUGUCAGAACCUUGAAGCAAACAUUAAUUUUUCAACAGUUCCACCUUUGUUUAUCCACAUUACCUUAAGGAACAUGGGUUGUUUUAGAAGUCUUAAAAAUAUGAGUUUGGUGACACAAUAGAUCUUGUUUUUUAUGUCCUGAAUUUAACUUGUAACAUUUCAGUUGGUUAUAAGUCCAGGUCAGUGGGGGCCUGUUACAUUUCAGACGCAGGUUUUGAGGAGAAUUAGUGCUUAUUUACAGCAACUAAUGACUUCUGUUUAUUGCCUGUCACCUCCGCAAAGUCUACGCUGAAGUCAGAGGUGCUUUUGACCACACUUUUUUAAGUGUAGCCUGUCUUAUUUUUCUGCCAGUGAGAUCUUUGAUACAUAAUGAAGCAAAACUGAUUAUUGUUAUCAGCAAAACCUAGGCUGCACCUCAGUGUUCUGCAAUGAAGAUGGAAGUAUUGUGGUCUGCAGUGUUUUUACAUAACAGCAUUCACAAAAAUGUUCAGUCACAUAGCAUAGAGCUUUAUCUUAAUCCAGGUAGACUGAAGGUUCAUUUUCAACGAAGCACACAACUUUAGCUGUUGAUCAAAAGCUGGACAUGAAAUUUUAAAAGUAAAAAAAACCAAACCUAUUGGUCAUUCAAUAAAAAGAGUUGCUGCAUUCAAAAGCAGCAGCUGAAUAAAUGGGAGAUUCUCUUAUACAGCUGAUGAAAAGUUCCUACAGUCUUUAUGAUCUUCACAGAGUUCGUUUUUCACUUUGUAAUUUAUGUAUAUAUAUAUCUUUAAAAGAGACUUUUGUUGAUGCUUUAGAUAUUUUAGGAUUCUAAACCAGAAAAUCCAUAUACCUUUCUGCUUUAAAACUUGUCUGCUUUUGUGUUUUCUCUGCUUUCCUGAUCAUAGGGUUGGGCGAACACUGAUAAGUAAUACUUACCACUAUCUUAGCACUGGCAGAACAUCUAUAUAUAUUAUACGGUCUAGAAUUCUAUAUCUUAAGAGUUCAUUGUAGCCAUAUUGUUCACAGCUGUGCUGAAGUCUUCCCCUAAUUUUUUUGUUUGUGUCAGUCAGCUUUCACUAUAUUAAUUGGAAUAAAGUCUGAUUGGAGCCCAUAAAAGCAUUUGUUUGCAUAUUUCAGUGCAGAAUUCUGCUCUUGCAGAAUUGUUCUUCUUGUGGUAUGUGCUCUGCAUUCAGUUGACAGCUUUUGCUGCUAUUUUGUACACACUACAGUAUUUUAAUUCAGUGUAUUGGGAUUGUUUUGUCCUCUGAUGUUGUUUACACUUCCUAAUACAUGUCUUUCUUUUUUCUUUCCCUCUCUAUACUGAUGGGCUGUUUUACAACAGAUAGGCUUUUCUUUAGGGUCCUCAUCACACUGUAGAUGAUUCCCAUGCUUUCAAACAAAUAUGUGCAUGACACAGGCUGCAAAAGGUUUCAUUUUACUUCUGUACACAGUAUAAUUCAAGAUGUACAAGAUCAGAUUGUUUCUUUAGUGGAAAAAUGAACAUUCAAAAUGAUGUAGUAAAGUUAGUAGUGGUUCUAGCCAUAAAAUGCAAGGUGCUUUCAGACUUGCAUUUAAAGUUGUUGGUGAUUUUCAAACCCUAGAAAAAAUUAUCUAGAACUUUAUCAACUAGUCUUUUUCAUAUAAAUAUGUUAAUUGAACCCUGAUGUCAGUAAGUUGCUUGAAUUAAAUUAAUUCCAUGUUUUAUGCAUGUAGAACCGUGUUACUGAUAACUGACAGUAUGAUGAAGUCAUUAUGUUUCUGGUUUAUUGCAAACAUUUUCUUAAGUGAUGAGACCUCUGACCUUUAUGCUUACAUUUCAGACUCCUGAUGCCAUAUCACUUAAAGUUUUCAUCUGGCUUAUUUUCUUUGAUUUCUUUUAUGUGAUUUAUGCACAUUUCUCUGUGAUGGAAAACAUUAAUCUGUAACAUAGUUUAUUCCUUGUUACUCCUUGAGGACCAUAGGGCUGCAAACAGUAACAUAAUGGAUGUUAAUGUUUUCUACAUGUUUCCUAAAGCCUUACUACUUAAGAAACUGGGAAUGAACCCCUGAACCAUUAGCUACUGAAACAUUUUGCUGCCAUUAAGAUUUUAGUAAAAUUAUUUUUUUGUCAGCACAGAAUUACUGACAUUAUGGGUGCAGGUAUUGUGAAUGUUGGCUCAGAAAUUUUUAACUUCUUUUAGUGAGAAGUCGCAUUACCUAUUAAAGUCAUUUUUUGUGGUAACGCAGAACCCUUCUUGAUGAUAACUCUAAUUUUGUCCAGGAGAGCUGGGUUAAGAAAUGAAUGCUAGUUUUCAGAGAAAGAAACCUUUGGUUUUGACCUCUUUGUGCUGUUGUUUAACAAAGGUAAAAGGCAAGUGCAUGAACAAAUAUAGUAUUACAUGGAUGUGUUAUUUGUUAACAGAGUAUUUUUAUGCAUUCUUUGCAACAUAUUUUUUACUCACAGCCUGUUUGUAAAUUCUAAAAGCUUCAUAAACAUAUUGAAUGGUACUACUCUGCAUUAAACAUUAUAAGUAAUCUUAGUACCGUAAAUUUUGGUCUGUUGAAUGCACCCACUAAAUUUGUUAAAAAUCUCUACUUUUUUCGCAAGUAAGCCGAUCUGGUUUAUAAGCCGCAAAUAUACACAACUUUAAAGCUGCAUCAUAAUCAUUUCGUCUUAUUUUUGGCACGAUGAUUGUGUGCUUCAGCAACUGACCUGAAUGUUUCAAUUGUAUUUAGCUAUGAUUUUGUGAAAAGUUGACACUUUUAAUAUAAAGUUCAUUGAAAAAUUAAUCAGAAUCUAAAAAAAUCUGGCAAAUCCGCAAACAAGCCGCAUCGCUGUUUAAGCUGUAAGGCUUAAAGCUGGGGAAAAAGGUGGUGGCUUAUAGUCUAAAAUUUACGGUACUUAACUCAGUGAAGAUGGGUGGCCAUUGCAAUAUGAGGAUUGACUGUUGUGGGUUCAGAUCUUACCUCGGGCCCACUGUUCUUUCUUUGUCUGUAACACCGGUUUGCAGGGCUGGCUGCUUUGCUGUGAUAAAGCCUUAGUUGCUGGCUCAGUAUAGACCAUGAUACUUCACAUAGCAAAAGUAACAUUACUUUUAUAUAAGAGUACACUAGCUGUUAUAAAUUGGUAUGGCUAGUUUUUAAAAAAUAUGUAUCCUGCAUGCAAAUCUUGGUUUUUAUUCCCCGUAAUAUUAUGCAUUUUGCAUCAUAUCAGUAUGCUCUGAACUUAUUGUGUGAAACUGAUUUGUGAAAAUAGUUGUGAGGCCUAAGAUUUGGUGGUAGUUUGUGGAUCAAAUGUUGUAUUUACAAGUAUGCUUGCCUGUUUGAUGCUGUUUUCAGCUGGUCAGUAGAUGCUAGUUAUCUCAUGUCCCUCUUAUGUAUUCAUUGGUGAUAAGGAAAUAUGCACUCUUUAUGGGAUGGGUUAUCAACAUGUUGAAAUUUAAUGUUUCAGUUUUGAAUGUGAUUCAUUUGUUUCUGUUUAUUUCAUUUCCUCUGUUCUCCCCUCCCUACCCCCUGCCAACAGUGCAAUCAUAGAACUGGAAGUGCUACCCAAGCUACUAAACCUCAUAUUUUUGUGAUGUUGAAGAACUUAUUCAUUUUUUAUGGUUUUCCUGUACGCCACACAUUGGGCUUUAAAACUGCAUUUAAACUGUGCAUUUUCUAAUGCAGAUAUUUGGACAUUGCAUUUGUAUUGCUAUUUUAAUACCUAUGUGGUCGUGUCAUUUUCCUAGAAAAAGAGAGCAGUGUAACUAAUGGCAUGCAGCAUUUACUGUUUGAAAUAAUAAAAACACUGGCACUAUCUGCAGUGAAUAGAAUGUAUUUUCCCCCUUUCUCUUAAUUUUUCUUUUCUUUGACUCCACCCCAUCUUAUUGCAGCAGGAAAUUGUAUUCACCAUUAAGAAUUUUUUAAAACUUGAAACUUCUGAAGUUUAGAGAAUUUACCUUGUGACUAAAUCAUUGUGUUCUCUUUUUUUGUGAGUGCUUAAAAUCAAUAUCCAAACAUCAAAUAUUUAAUUUCUGAUUUCCAAUCAUUUUUUUUACUGAGAGCAGAGGUUUGGUUUUUUUUGGUGUCACAUGACUAGAUGUAAUCUCUUUAUUUCCCAAAUACUUAACAUAUUUCACAGCAAGUAGAAUAUUUUUUAUUUCAGCUUUGUGGUCCUUAAAUAUUAUAGAGGUUACUUGUGGGAUAUAUCUAACAGUAAAAUAUUUAUCCUGGAUGCAAGAUCUUUUAAUGUGUGCCCUGCAACUAUUCAACACUUCUGUAAUAUGCAGCAUCAUGAUUUUUGGUCUUGUGUGCUGGGGUGAGAGCAUUGAAAAACAGGAUAGAAAUAAGCUGAACAAAAACAAAAAAAAAAAAAAGCAGUAAGGGUGAUUGGGAGAGGAGGGGGUUGGUGUUUUAUGCUGAGCCAGCAGCUAAGGCUCUGUCACUGUAAGCCAGCCAGCCAGCUCUGUAAACAGAUGUCACAUGCAGAGAAAGAACAGCGUGCCCCAGAUGAGAGCUAAACCCAGGACAGCCAACCUUCACUGUAUUGGUGAAAGAGCUAGCCAGGACCACCCUUUGUGAUUGGGAGGAGAGAUACUAUACCACAAGCUUCUGUACAACAGACUACAAUUUCAGCAGAUGACUCUUAUCCAUUCUGACAGGAAUUUGACAACAGAUGCAUAGACAGAAGUGGUAGGUUUAGAGUUCCCUGAACCAGAACCGCACACUGCACUCUUUUAUUUCAGCAGCAAUCUACAUAUACAACCGAAUCAUGCAUAAGACAUAUCUUUGAGUGAAGACUCUUACACUUCAGGCUUCUGGUCCCGAAACACCGUUCUUUCUAGUAUUUUGUUUUUAUGUAUGCUCAUAUUUACUGUCAUACUUGAGAUAUCAUGUAAUGUCUGAUGUAUUAUGUAAUAGUAACAUUUGCAGACAAACAUUAUCCUGAAAAGGAUUAAUAAAGAUAUUUUGUAUUGUAUUGUAAUAUCAAUAUGCAUAAAUUUUGUAAAGAAAAAAGUGGUAUCAGUUAGCAGGUUGCCAUCUUUUGUCUUCAAUGUACCUGUUUUACCAUGUGGAAGAUGGAAUGUAGAAAUUGUAAUUCCUUGCAAUUUAUGAAACUGGCUAUCCUUCUUACCUCCUUAUAUUCAUGCAGAAUGUAACUUUUUUUUAAAACAAUCUGCAAUAUUUCUGUAUCUCCUUAUUUUGUUGUUAAUUGUGCCUUCUGUAUCUCCAAACAUUACACAUUGUUGCUGACUUUAAAAUAUGGCUCUUAAGGCAGGAUAUGUGUAGGAUUAAGUGUACAUGGUUUGGAUAUAUAAGUACACAUCUUUGUUGUGUUUACAUCUAUGUACAUUUUUCUUAAGAAUUUUUGUACAUAGAAUUCUUUACAUAGAUUUUACUUUUUUGUGUCUUUUACAAAGACCGUUAAUGCAAUAUUUUAAAAAAAUGGUCUGCACAAAUAUUGUGAUGCUUCUUCCUAUAAAUUAUAAGGCCUAUUGUACUAAUUUCCUGAGCUAUGUGAACACGAAAGAUAACCAUUAUUGGCACAAUUCAUAAUUUCCGUGUGAUGAAAUAUAGAAAUAUGGUUUAUAACUGUAGCAAUAAAUUAAUUGAUCUUUUCUUUUAAUUUGUGGCUUGUGCAGAGAUCUGGGAAUUAAAAAAUGUUUUAAAGUGAA